CUGCUGAUCGGACCCCUCACUCAUCAUCAGCUGUCUAUCACACCAGCUCGCCACAAGCUCGGCGCCUGCUCCGGGAUGGAGGGAGAGAUGUAUCCCGCGGACGAAGGGCCCUGCGCCCCGAAGACGUGCCGACAGCAGCGAGGUCCGUACGGCUCCCUGAAAACCUUCCAGGGCAGGCGUUCCGCGGGCAGGUCGCGCUUUGACCGCUCCGCCGUGGUCGACGUGCCUCUGUUCGGCGACGGGCAUCCUUUGACUUUUCAUCCUGAGCAGCCUCAUCCCUUCCAGCAGCAGCACCACCAACAAGAGCAGCAGCAGCGGCUGGCGCAGCUUCACCAAAGCAGCGUCGCUAUCAGCAGCAGCCAGCAGCAUCACCCCGCGCCUCAGCAUCAGCACCAGAACCAUCAUCAGCAUCUUCUCCCGUGUGAGACCAGGCCCAGCAGCAGGGUCCCUACAUCCACCUCAGCGGUGGCACCUGCGGGUCCCCGGCAGCCACGCGUCGGAGGCGGGGGAGCAGAGCCCAGAUUCUCCCCGGACUGCACCUACGGGAUCAGCACAGAGAACCGUCUCAUCUUGGACGCGUUUGCGCAGCAGUGCAGCCGAGUGCUCAGCCUCCUCAACAACGGCCGUCUCCUGGAGCCCUCCCCCUCCCCCCUCGCCUCUGACAUUAAGUUGGAAGAGGGUCGAGGCGAGGCCCAGGGUUCUCACUGCGCCUCCCAGGGGAAGCUCAAGUCUGAGGACAGCUCUUCCACCACGGAACCGGACGAGGAGGCCCCACGAAGCCACCUGAACCAGCCGCAGACCUCGGCCAUCCUGCGCAUCUUCACCGACUCCCUGCAGAGCUACCUGCUGUCGGGGCCUCCGCAGCAGGAGCAGGAAGAGCCGGACGGGCAGUGCCCGCCGGCGGAGCCCGGCCCGGCCGCUUCGCCCUCCAGACACAACCUGGGAGGGUGGGGCUCCCCGGCCCCCUCCGAGUCCUACGGCCACCCCUCGUCCACGCUGCCCGAGGAGGACGAGGAGGAGGAGAGCUGCUGCCCGCGCUGCCUGGAGCUGGAGCAGGAGGUGCUGUCUCUGCAGCAGGAGAACGAGGAGCUCCGCAACAAGCUGGAGAACAUUCCAGUUCCCUGUCAAAAUGUUCUGGACUACUUCAAGACGGUUCUUGAGUUUCACAACCAGCUGGUCCAACCGAUGCCUGAGGAGCAGCUGACCGAGGAGGAAGAACGGCAGGCAGAAUUUGAGGGCAGCAAACAGCUUUUGGGGAACUAUCCUCUCUACAUCACCAACAAGCAGUGGGACGAAGCGGUCAACUCCUCCAAGAAAGACGGCCGACGGCUGCUGCGCUACCUGAUCCGCUUCGUGUUCACCACCGACGAGCUCAAGUUCUCCUGCGGUCUGGGCAAAAGGAAGCGCUCGGUGCACUCGGGAGACCCGGGCCUGGAGAGACGGCCGCUCAACCCCGUCAAAGUCAGCUGCCUCAGAGAGUUUAUCCGGACGCACUGCUCCUCAAACCCGGACUGGUGGAUGCCCUCAGAGGAGCAGAUCAACAAAGUGUUCAGUGACGCGGUGGGCCACGCCCGCCAGGGCCGGGCGGUGGGGACCUUCCUGGGCAGCAGCGGCAGCAGCACCAGCAGCCUCUACAUGGACGGCUUCGACGGCCAUCUGUCCCAGGACGAGCUCUAUUUGAAUAGAUGCCAGAACGGUCAGUCGGACUGA